UUUCGAUUAUUCGUCAUUCGAUUUAUUUGCUGGCACUGCGUCGAGUGAGUAUCCAUCAGAUUUGAUUGUAUCGAUCAAAUAUAGCAAUAAAAUGUUUUCAGCAACUUAUAAACAAAAAAUUCAAGCAUUAAUGAAUGAAAUUCAAGAGAUAAAACAAGCAUGUAAUGACGAAAUUGAAGACCUAAAAAACAAAAAUCGUACUCUUGUUGAUUUAACAUCGGUUCUCACCUCAGAAAAUGAAGCAUGUAAAGACGAAAUUGAAGAUCUAAAAAACAAAAAUUGUGUUCUUGUUGAUUUAACAUCGGUUCUCACCCAUGAAAAAAAUGAAUACGAAGACGAAGUUCAGCAGCUAAACAAAGAUAACCAUGAUCUGGUCUCUAAAAAUGAGGAAUAUGCAGAAGAAAUUCGUCAAUUGAAAAUGAAAAAUGGGCUUUGUACUAAAUUUGAAACUUCAAACAUUUAUAAUCGUCUUAAUUUGUCACCUAUCUCGGUGGAUAAAGAACAACACUGUACUGAAUGGUGGUGCCCAAAGCAUUCAAAUUUUAAAACUAUUGUUAAGACAUUUAAACCAAAUACGGAAGAAGAUAAACUAAUAAUACGACGUGCUAAAGGCAGAUUUGCAUACUGGAAUAAAAAAGAUGGCGAGGAUAUAUGCUGCAAAAAUAAUCGUCAAAAUAAAGAUAGCAACAAAUAUUCUCCACCAUCAAAUUGGUCACAAUGAAAAAUCUUAUAUGGAUCAAUGUGGAGAUGAGAAUAAUGCAUAAAAUAAUUUUAAAAUUAUAAAUAUGUUUUAAUUUUGAAAUUUAUAAUUCCUUGUAUUUUAUAAUAAUACUGUA